AUGUUUUACUCCAUUCUCCCACUCUUUUUAUCAGUCUUCCCUUCUCAUUUACUUUCUUUCUUUCCUCUUCUUCCUCUGUUUCUCUCUGUCAUUUUAUAUCCCUCUCUCUUUCUCCCUCUUCUCUUACCCUUUUCUUUAUCCAUUGUUUCUCAACCUCUUUCUUUCAAUCUCUUUUUCUUCUUCUUUCUACACCCCUCUCUCUCUCUUAAUAUCACUCAUUCUGUCACUCUCUUCCUUCUCUCUCACUUCUUCUUUCUAUUUAGCACUCCCUUAAUUUUUCUCUUUCACUGUCUCGUCGCUCAUUUUUUAUUCAUAUAUUCCUCUCACUCACUUUCUCCCUCAUUUUCUCUCCCUUUACUCUCUUAUCACUCGCUCUUCUACUCUCUUCCUUUUCAUUUUUUUCUUCUUUUUCUUUCCACUCCUCUGUUUACCUUGUCUUCCCCUUUCUCUUUCACCCUCUUCAAUUUCUCUUUCUGUUCCUCUUUCUCUCCCCACUCUCCCUCCCUCUCGCUCUCUCCUAUCUAUCUCUCUCUCUCUAUCAUCUUUCUCUCCCAUCUUUCUCUCCCUCUACUCUUCUCUCUGCCUCUCCCCCUAUCUCUCACCCUCUUUCUCUCUCUCUCUCUCCAUCUCCAACUCUUUUCUCCCUCCAUCUCCCCUUCUUCCUGUCCCUCUCAUUCUGCCCUCUUUCUCUCUCUUUCUCCCUGUUCCUUUCUCAUUUCUUAUUCUCUCCCUUUCUAUUGUUUUGCUUUUCUCUCUCCUCUCUCUCUCUCUCUCUCGUUCAGUCAUUCACUUCUUGUUCUAUUUCUCUUCCUCUUUCUCACCUUCUCACUCUUUUCUUCUCUCUUUCUCUUUCUCUCUUCUGAACGUUAUCUAUCUAUCUAUCUAUCUAUCUAUCUAUCUAUCUCGUUUCAUAGCUAUCUAUCUCGGCUCAUAGCUAUCUAUCUCAUCUAUUCAAACUUAUCUAUAUGUCUAUCUCAGUCUGUUCAUAUCUAUCUAUCUAUCUAUCUAUCUAUCUAUCUAUCUAUCUAUUUAUCUAUCUCACAUCUCUCUCUCUCUCUCUCUCUCUCUCUCUCUUUUUCUGGAAGUUCUGGAGUUGAGAUGCUGAAGUCGAUUCACGUCUAUCUAUCUAUCUAUCUAUCUAUCUAUCUAUCUAUGUAUCUAUCUAUCUAUCUAUCUAAUUCUAUUCAUCUCUAUCUAUCUCAGUUGAUUUACAACUAUCUCAGUCUAUUCACAUCUAUCUAUCUGUUUGUCUGCAUCGAUACUUUCUAUCUAUCUCAACCUAUUCUCAUCUAUCUAUCUAUCUAUCUAUCUAUCUAUCUAUCUAUCUUUGUUACUCAAACAGAUAGAUAUGAACAGACCGGCUUAAAGAAAUUAAUACAAGAAUAA